CAGUGAAGGAGUGGCUGGCCCAGGAAGCACAGGUGCAAACAACUUGCCUGUGAUUCCCACCUGACCAGAAGAGGGUGGACUCUGGUUCCACCCUCCCAAGAUCAUUUAAGGGCUGGUCUCCAAAAGAAAAGCAUCUCCUGGAUGGCUGCUUCUUGAGGAGUGUUCCACAGCCAGAUCCUCAUCACCAGUUGGGAGCUCAAGAUUUAUGAUCACCAUACUAGCAGAACUACUCUUCCUCCCAAGUAAAGCUUCAAGAAUGGAAUGAAGGGCAUACUGCGAAUAAGAAAUGAUUCAUGGGAUUUCCCUUCAUCGCUAUUAAUUGUAUAGCAAACAGCAGUUUGCCUUCAGCCUGAUUGCACUUGCAACGUAGCUCAGUGUCCACAGCAGCACACAUUUGGUCUGUGCGAAAGAGACAGAUCUGCGAUGGAGUAGAAAGAUGGAGUGUCUCUUCAGCCUAGCAAUAAAGGAGAAGCCAUGGACACCUCUUUUCUUGAUCUGAAAAAGCUCCCGCUCACCCAGUGGAGGAUCGCAGUCAGGCUGUGUAGGUUCCCUUUACAGGGCCAUUGCAAGGAGAGAAAAAAGAAUAAACAGUGAUUCUUUUGCGGUACCUUGAAAGCCAACUCUGGACUUCAGUCUGCAGCUAUAAAACAAGCUAUGCAAGACCACUUGCUGGGGAUUCAGAUGUGAGCUGUGGACAAAGAGCUUCAUCAUGGAAGGAGGAGGAUCCUAGCUGUUCUUGGUGGGAGAGAUGGUGCUGUCUGCUCAAGAGGAAUUAUUCUCUCUCAGUUGAUAUCUCCUUAAAACCAGCCAGUGGCUUCAACUUUACCAGCUUCUAGAGAAGGCAAAAGGACAGUCAAAUGGAAAUCACCAUGGGGUACUUGUGAAACCAAGCUAACAGAUCAGAACAUUUGUGAGCACUGAUGUCAAGUGAGAAAGAUAAGAAGAUGCAAAAAUGAUGUGAUGUCUUAGCAGAGCAGCCUCAGACUGUAGAGAUCUUUCAUUUGAAGAAUGAACAGUGGAAACAAAAUAAACGCUUACUUUACCAUAAUUGACCAAAUUUACUGACCAAAUUAGCAGAGAAACAGAUGAGAAAGCAGCCUUUUUGUGCACUGUGCAUCUGCCACAGGCCAGCUGGCAGGACAGCAUCUAUCGGAAAAGCAGCACAAAGAAUAGAGCUGGCUCCAACUCUGGCUGGAAUAAACUGCAUGCAUGAGGACCAGAGCAUCUCUGUAAGUGCCCCAGCAUCAUCAACUGAUGGCAGCACAGCUCUGGGAAUAAACAGACUUGAGCUAAUGGCAGGAAUCGACAGGGGAAACGUGAAACAGCAGCCAAAGCAAAGAGAUGGAAAAAGGGAUCCACAACCCAGUGAAUGCAGGUUCAGCGCCGCUUCUGUGCCACUCAUGCAUGCAGUUUCAUGGAAAGAUAUAGCAUCCGAUGUCUUUCUAGAAAGCAUAAAGAAAGCAAGACCAGGACAACAGCCUUGUCCUUUCCAAGAUGUGGACACUUUUCUCCUGCAACUGAAGAUCAGCAGCAGGGCCGGUUUCAGCGGAUCACCACACUUGGAGAAAUACAUUCUCCAUUUCAACAGUCCUUCGACUUUGGCAAACAGAUACUGGCAGUUUCUGUGCUACCUCUCUGCUAGGUCAUCUCAUCUCAUAGACAAAAGCAGCUGCAGCCCCCUGACUCCUAUCACAGAGCCACGCUUUCAACUCAGGAAAGUCCAUCCACCUACAGUGCUGCUACAGUGACUCUACUUUUUGCCCAUUGUUAUCAUCAAGCAUGAUGGUAACGGCUACUUUUUAACAUUUUAAGAUAACAUUGCUUUGCUGAUUGUUCCAAUAUCCCCUAACAAUGAAAUAUAGUAAUACAAAAGUUAACUAAGGUAUAAACAUGCAAAAGGAGAAGUCUCCCUGCGAUCAUAAAAUGAUGUUAUUUUCUGUUCAGCAGUUCAUGUUACUGCUGUUCAUGCUAAUUAAUUAAAGGAGCUGUUGCUGUAAUGUGCAAACAGGGAAUCUGAGAAACUGAGAGGGCUUUUAGGUCUCGGAGUGAAGUUAAGUCAAUCUGGGCGCGGGCAAUCAAAUGUAAUGAAAUCACUUGUCAGUGCUAAGCUUGCAAAAACUGUGAAGUUUGACUAGGGAGUAAAAGGAUUAUAAUUAGAUUUCCAAUAGGAUAAUAACUAAAUGGCAGAAAGCAGUAAAGAGAAAAUAUUACUUUGUUAGCUAAUGGUGCUGCUGUUCGGUUUUAGUUUUUAUCAGCACACUUGUAGUUGUACUAAUUUAAUUUGCUUUUAUCAGCAAAAAUGCACUACUCGAAUGGUACUUGAAUGUCAUUUACAAAAAACAUUGAUCUGAAGGUGCACUUAAUGACACCCAGUAUGUUUAUUUUAUGUGAAACGGAGAUUGGUUGAUAAAAUGGUUGAUGCACCAUCUUCCUGGCCCAAGAGUGAGUUAUGGAAGGAAGAGCAGAAGGUAUCAGCGCCUGCAUCGCCCGCUCCUGCACCACUCAGCUACGCAGGGGCUGCCAGACUACAGCAACUAUUUCUUUUCCACCUGUCAGCUGAAGGGCCCCUCUCAGGUUAAGCUGUGCUGGACCAGAAGCUCAGGGCUAUGGAGGACAGAGCUGCAGGCUGUGAAGUCUGAAAAAGUUUUUGUCUUGUCAGCACAAAAUUUCAGUUGAAUUAAUACACAAAGCAUAGGGAAAACGAGCCUACUAAACGGAAGAGAUUUAUAACGCAUAUCAGAACCUCAGAAAAUGAACAGCUUGUGUUAAUAAAAUCAUUUUAAGAAAUGAGCAUAAAAUAUGAUAUGACUUAAUCACUGCGCAGUAUUUUUGCAAUUUUCCUUUAAACUGUCUUAAGGAGAUACUGGCAGUGAAACUAAUUGAAUUUCAAAGGAAAGGCAGUGUGCGAAUGAUAGAUUUCUGUCCAGCAGAGCUAUUGACAGCAGAAAAAGAAAGGUCUGCAUUGACACUAAGGCUUUUUUCUGUGCGCUAGAGAGAGAUUCUGGAUGCUUGGAAACA